AUGCGUCGAUUUGUGCCUAUUCAGCCCGCUAGCUCUACUAAUCGCGAGAACCUUGAAAGCUCUGAAUCCAGUUCGGGUAAUGCGGGUAAUGCGUCAACAACCAAGCGACGUCGUGUAGGCGUGUCUAUAGCCUGCAACGCCUGUCGUCGUAGGAAAAUUAGGUGCGAUGGACAACGGCCGACCUGUUGGAACUGCGAAGACAGCACCGAUGUCUGUACUUAUAGAGAUGAUUCCGAAUUGUCCCAUGACUCAAAAUUACUUUUGCUUGAAGUUAUACGUCUCCUGAACUCAAUUCCUGAUGAUGAAGCGCUAGAAAGGCUACGAGUCCUAAGGAGAGAGAUUGAUACCUCAGUCAUCUUAACAAUUUUGAGGCAGGAUGUCAACUCCGGCCAACAACCCGACCAGUCUAAAUCAAGUUCUCAAGAAGACGACCCGUUCCAAGAGCUGGAACUUGCUUCUCAGUACCCCAAUGUAUAUCCCACUGUGCCUCGUCGGAAUAUGGAUACUUUGCGGGAGACAACCUAUCAGCAGCUUGUUGAGAGAAGCAGCGGGGGGCACCAAUCAACCUCAGCGCGAAUCGAAGAUCGAAACUCAGUUGAUUCAGUUUCAGAUUUCUGUGACCCACGUCUUUCCAAGUUGGAUAUUCAAGUAUGGACAAAGGUGCCUAUUUCUAGCGAGCUCGCUGCGCGGACUAUCUCCUUGUACCUUGAAACCGACCACCCGCUUUUAGGCUUUUUUGAGCCUGAUCAAUUCUUGUCGGAUCUCAUAGAGGGCAAGACCAAACAUUGCUCUUCACUGCUAGUCAACUCUCUGCUAUACUGGGCAAGUCAAAUGAACAUUGCACAGGGAUCCGAUGAUGGUUCAUUCACACUCCAGUUUUCGGCGCAGUUUUUGAGCUUAGGAUAUCUAGGCCAGGGACGGGAUCACGCAGUUUUGUCAUAUGCCUCCGAGGCCUCUCAUAUGGCUGUAAGAUUGGGCUUAUUUGGAGUCCAAAUAGACAAUCCUGCGCUUCAAGAAAUAUCCAUACUAUCGAAGGAGUCCAGGAAGGCUUAUAUGUAUGCGGCCUGGGGUUCUUUCAACUGUGCAACCUACAUGUCUUUAUUUUAUCGUCAACCGGGCUUAGUACCUCCAGAGUCCCCUCCACAUUUACCAGUGCCCGGAACUCAGGAGAACAAGGAGUCUGAGAACAAGAAGACUGAACAUAUCGACUACAAGGGAGGCGUGUUUCCUCAGUUAUGUCACUUUUGGUCCAUCUUGCAUGAAGUUGCAUUGUCGUACGCUAGAAAUGAGAAGCCCUCCGCUGACCAAAGAAGCCUACGUUUUGCCGAGUAUAAAUUUCGCGAGUUAUUAGCAUGGAGCAAUAGCUUGCCAAACGACCUCUGCCGAAACGACCAAAAUCCGCAUUAUGUUCAGGUUAUGUACAUUUGGCUACAUGCAUCUAUCCUCGAUAUAUUCAGAUACGCAGUUUCCGGUCCAUUACGUCACAGUCGGUUGCGAACAUUUAGCAGCCCAGCGAGCUCUGCGGACAGAGUUUACAAUGCGUCCGUUCACCAACUAAAACACCUUAUAAUGAACUAUAGGCUGAAAUUCUCUUCUUCAUCUUACUCUAUUUUGUGGCAUGCUGCCUUAACCUACCUUGCAAACGCGCUUCUAUACCAACCAAAAGAAGAGGAUUGGGUGUUUUACUUUUUGCUUUGCGUAUACGGCUACGAGCGACUCCACACGCAUUGGCGUGUUACAAAGGCGAUUUCCACUGCCCUCUUAUCCUUAGCAUUGCGGAAAGGGGAUAUUUCAAGUACUGCAGCACGGGAGAUUCUAACAGAUUUGGAUCAAAGUACAGCCUCCGAUGCAGCUCCUUUGGAUGAGGCCAUUAGAGCAGGUUUUAUGGCAGAUUUAGAUCUUGAAGCUCCUAUCUCGAACUCUACGACGGUAGAGAAUCUAGCCCAAGACAUUGAGGAUAAUCUCUUGCUGGAGGAAUUUACCAAUGCUUCUAGAUUAAAAUAA